GUGGUCCAUCAGGCGUCCCCGUUGCAUAGAAACGAAAACAGACAGAGGCACCACGAAACAGGCACACUUUUAAUAUCCGGAUUGCCGUGAUGAGUGUAGCGCAUCUAUGAACCUCUCCUUGUGAUACACAAACGCACACCAGACAGAUCACUAAAUUCGGACUCGAACCAUUUGUUCACAAAAUCGUAUCAAAGCUACUUCAGUCUGCGACGUUAGCCGAGUGGUGAUUAGCAGCCAUUGGAGGCGCAUUGCAAAGGUAAUGGUGACCGUACAGCGACCAUUAGAGACUUUAAGAACACGCAUGUAGUUAAUCAACUACCGUCUCUGUGCCAUUGUCAGCUGGUAUCAGUAUGGUUGAUGCGAGGAGGAAAGUAUCGAUCUGAAGCCGAACCACACGAUGCUAACGCUCUUGUCCGUUGUCAAGAGCCGUCGGAUGCUAGCUAGCUCUCUUGUAGGAGCUUAGAUCAACAUUUCCAGCUGACGUUAUUCAUCAGUUUUGUUCAGCAGGUGCUGGCUUACACAAUUCUCCUAGUUAAAGCGAACACAAGUUCAAAAAGAGAGCGACGUUAAAAUGGCUUGCGACGUGAGCAGCGUCCCCGAACUGGACCAAAAGAAAUACGACUCGGACGAACAGGUGAAGAUCAUCUGUCUGGGUGACAGCGCGGUUGGUAAAUCUAAGCUGAUGGAGAGGUUUCUCAUGGACGAAUAUCGUCCCCAGCAGUUGUCCACCUACGCAUUGACUCUCUACAAACACACAGCCACUGUGGGAAUCAAGACUGUAGCAGUCGAUUUCUGGGACACCGCUGGUCAGGAGAGAUUUCAGAGCAUGCAUCCCUCAUACUACCACAAAGCACAUGCAUGCAUCAUGGUUUUUGAUGUUCAAAGGAAAAUCACGUAUAAGAAUCUGUCCAGCUGGUAUAAGGAGCUGAGAGAGUACAGACCGGAGAUACCUUGUUGUGUGGUUGCCAACAAAAUUGAUGCUGAUUUGAAGGUCACCCAGAGAAGCUUUACCUUUGGGAAGAAGCAAGGACUCCCAUUCUACUUUGUAUCAGCGGCUGAUGGGACUAAUGUAGUUAAGAUGUUCAGAGAGAUGAUCAAGAGAGCCGUGGACUACAAGCAAAACCCCAGCGACUUCAUGGAUGAGGUGAUGCAAGAAUUAGAGAACUUUGACCUGGAGAAGAAGGAAGAUAAUUCAGAAGCAGAGGAGGACGGAUUGAAAGCGGAGAGUCCCGAGGUGGUCUGAUGUUUACAGAUCCUCCAAACCCUCUAGUCGUCUCAUGGAAAAGUUGUCCUCCUACGAGGUUGAUGCUCUACAGGCACAUUGUUUGUCCUAAUGUCAUUUUGGUGGUGGACUUCGAUACCGUUGCUUUGUAGCUACCACUGGAGGUUGGCAGACUUGUUAGUCUGGUUCUAAGUCACUGACCUCCUUCUGUCCAAUGACUCCAAUGACUCUGGCAGGGAAAUAAACCUGGUGGAAUACGUAUGAAUUGUGUUCUUUACCUAGUUUAUUUAGCUGCUGUUUAGACUCGUCUUUCAUACUUCUAACAAUAUCAACUAUAAUAAUUGUAGAAAAUCCUACAAUGAGUCUGAAUAUGUUUGAUUUUGUAAUAAGAAUGUGAAGCAUUGAAAACUAACUCGAGCAGAUCAAAGAGAACGUGUAAUUAUGAACUGUAUUUGCUGCUGUUCUCGAUGUUUGUUCGUAGUGUUGUGUACAAUGCCAGCGGGGAGCUGCAUUAGCUACUUUUGUUGCAUUCAUUUUAUGAUGUGAAGUCUGUGUUCAGCACCCUUUUAAAUGAAAAGUUAAUGUACCAUGUAACCAAAUUGUUAUCAUGUGUCUCUUUCUGACUUGCUGUGAUGCAACAGUAAGCACAAGAGCAGUUCUCAACCUCAGCAUAUUAUAGGAUACAGCUGCCAAUCAUACAUGAGUAGCUGCAUGGAACUUGUGAAGGUUUCAGCCAGCCGUGUUCUUCAUGAUGGUUUUGAGGUGGUUGUGUGUGUAUGUAUUCAUAUUAGCAGGAAUGUUGCCAUGAAGAACAUUAAACUAGUUUUCUGGCC